CUCUUGUACAAGACGGACGCCACGUGCAGCUCCAGUCGACCUACAUAAGAAAGUAUUCUGAAGGGGUAAGUGCUUGUGGCUCACCUGGUAGUGGAGGCUAGCGUGUUGGCAACACAACGGACGCGGACUGACUGCCAGGCAAAUAAAGACUUCUUAUGUUAAUGUUAACAGGCAAUGUUAAAGGAGCCAGUUAACGUAGCAUUCCCAUUCCUUGUAGACGUGUGAUGUGGACUCCUACCAGGGUCAGGAUGCAUCAGUCACGAAACCUAUUUGUGAAAUCCGUGAUGCCUAGGUUGCUUCUGGCAGCCGUCUGUCUCCUCACACUACUGGGACCAGGAGAGGGCCUGGUGUGCUAUGUGUGCCUGCCGGACGUGGCGGGGGCGCUGGCCAGCCGGGACGCAGCCGUCCUCUGGAUAGCCAACAUAUCGCGGACGUGGCCAGGCGUGACCCAGAGUGACCUCGGCGCCUGCAGCGAUUUCGCCAAAACAGACACUUUCCAGAAGAGUUGUAACUACGGCAUUGAGUUCACCGCCUGCAUCACCGCGUACAACAGUGACUGGACGGCUCGCACCUGCGGCAGGCUGCCUAAUGGGGUACAGGACGGGGACUGCCAGACCAACAAAGACGUCACUGUCUGCUACAACACGCAGGACUUUUCCAACCUGCAAGUCGGCAACGGGGCUCCUUUACCAGGCGUCCAGUCACUGCUGGUGCUGUUGUCGGCGCUGGUGCCGGCGCUGGUGCCGGCGCUGGUGUCGGCGCUGGUGUCCGCCUUCACUCCCGCCUGCUGAGCACUCACAUACGUAAGUCAGGAGCGUGCUAGUGUGACGUCUCACCGCCUCAAGCUGGACCUGAAAUCCGCCCUGUGUAUCACCGCGUGUUUAUAGCUUUAAUAAAGACAAAUAUUUCACCCACCACCA